AUGUUUUAUGGACGAAAGACAGAUUCACAAAGGAAAAAUGAUAUUUCAAUCGUUAUGGAAGUUGAACAUUCACCUAUAUAUCCAUUUGAUAAUUAUUCUCAAGAAAAUCAUUCUUUUUCGAAUAAGUCGUUUGUUAACGAGAGAUUCAAUAAUCAUUACACUAAUUCAUUAUCAAAAUCAAAUCCAAAAUGUGAAACAACAAUUCAAACAGGUCUAAACGAAACUACACCUAACGUCCACUUACUUCAAUCAUUAAUGGCCUAUGCCAAUAGUUUUCAACUAGAUUCAUCUGUCGGUCUUUCAUUACAUGAUAAUGAAUAUACGAACAGAAAAUCGUGUACUAGACGUCGUGCCCAAUCUCAUUCAUUUGAAAAUACACUAUCAUUUCGUAAUAAAAGUUUUGAUGAUUUAUCAAAUAACAACAAUAAAAGAAGACCCGUUGCAUCCUUGAAAAAACGAUGUUUAUCAACGGAAGAAAAACUUGAUAAUGUUACACAUAGGCAACAUGUUUCUUCAACCACUGAUCCACAAUUUUGUUUUUCUACAAUAAAAAUGACCCCAUCAUUAACUCAACUACCUUUUGAUGAUCAUAAAAAUAUGACUGGUGGUACUAGUGUUGAAUGGGGUUAUUUGACAGAUGCAGAUUUAUAUGUUGAAUCAUAUGAUUUUAAAACACCGGCUAAUGAAUAUUUUAACAUACCAACAACGUCUCAUAUUGAUCAAUCAAAUAAAGCUUAUUUUCAGCAUUUGAAUGCGCUUUCAAAUAUGACAAAUACCAUUCCUAUGAUGCCCGAUAAUGAAUCGGUUACCACAAUUGACAAUGACUUAACAUGUACUAAUUUACCAUCACCAAUACGGCACAAACAGCAACAAGUACCAUCAUCAUCAUGGAUAACUAAUAUUCAACAAGAACAUACUAACAAUUCGUUGGAGAGUGAUACAUCAUCACCCAUCAUAAUUCAUAGAAAUACCAAAGAUUAUGUUAUAAAACAAGACGUGGCUAUACGUUUUCUUCGUCCGCCAACACCACCAUUAUCUGGUCCCAUUAUUAUUCGUGAAAUUAGAGAGAAAUCCACACGUAUCCCAUCACCCAUUAUUAUUCAAGAAGGAUCUGUAAAUUCCAAAACACCAUCGCCAAUCAUUUUUCGUGAAAGACCACCGGAGCCACCCGAAGUCAAAAGAACACAUAUAAUUUACAAACACAUACCAGCAAAAAGAAGCCAGCGUCCACCAAUUAUUAUUGAACGUUUACCCAUUUUACCCAUUAGAAAACCACCACCAAUUGUUAUCGAAAAAUGGCUACCAUAUCCUGAACAAAAACGUAAAGUUAUUUACGAAAAAGCAUCACCAACAUCUAAAAAACCUCGUUCAAAAAAAUUUAUUAUUGAAUAUAAAAAUAUGAAUGUUAUUGUGGAUAAAGUUGUUAGACAUAUUGAUGGUAUAAAUAAAACUGAUCCAACGACAUAUGUUAAACAGCAUGCUGGCAAAUUACAUUCAAAUGAUAGUUUAGAUGAAUUACUGGAAAAUGUUGUAGAAGUAUCAAAUUGUACAAAAAUGAUAUUUUUAAAUGCUUGCUAUCGUAAUUUGAACAGAGUAAAAACACUUCAUUUAUCAAACCGUGAAGUGAUAAUUGCUUUGAAACGUCCGACGUUAUUUAUUAAUCGCCGAUAUUUACAUAAUAAUCCAUUACUAAAGCAACAACGUCCAUCACUACGUCGAUAUAAACGUUAUACUUUAUUAACUGUGAUCGGUGUAGGUGUUCCACUGGUCUAUUUGAUUUAUACUCGAAAGUGGUUUUCAUUUUUCAACCGUAAAGUCUUUGAUAAUGAAAAUGAGAAUAAUAGUAUAGAAUCUGUUUCACAAGAUGAAUUAGACAGUCUGGGAAAUCAAACAGAACAGAUAUUAAAUAAUGAAUUAUACUCGACGGACUCAUUCACAUUUCUUGUGUCAAUUCGAUUAUUUUUUCGUACAAUCAAAUUAGUCAUGAUAUUUACACCAGUUUUGAUAUUUUACUAUGUUCAACUCUAUCUGUUUCCAAGUUUAUAUGAUAAAUGGUGUACAACAUUAAAACAUUCAUUUGAAUAUUGUGGACCCUGUUUCAUUAAACUAGGUCAAUGGAUGGCGACCAGACCAGAUUUAUUUUCUGCCAAGUUUUGUGAAAUAUUUAAUCAGUUACAUUCAAAUGCCCCACAGCAUUCCACAAAAGAAACAUACAAAUUACUGAAAGAAAACAACAUUAAUGUGAAUGAUAAAAAUCAAACAAAUUUUUUAAAAUCACCAUUGGCUAGUGGUGCUAUUGCCCAAGUAUACCGUUGUAAUGUGAAAAAUUUUGAUUGUAUUAUGAAAGUCCGUCAUCCAAAUGUACAACGAGAAAUCUAUUAUGAUUUGAAAAUUUUAAAUUCAUUAACAUCUCUGCUAACUAAGGUUAUAUCGAAAAAAACAUUUCAAUGGUUGAAUAUCGAAGAUAAUAUUCAAUCGUUUACUAAAAAUAUGUUAUUACAAACAAAUUUGUUGAUUGAAGCCAAAAAUUUAGAGAUAUUUGAACGAAAUUUUGAAAAAUAUGCUAGAAAUAUUCGAUUUCCCCAUUUGUACAAACAAUUACCAUUGACUAAAGAUAUUUUAUUUCAAAGUUAUGAAGAUGGUCUAUUAUUGAAUGAUUUUGUAAAACAAUGUCAAGAUCAACGAAUUAGAAAACGUUUAGCAUAUUUGGGCGUAAAUGCUUUUUUGAAAAUGUUAUUUGUGGACAAUUUUGUUCAUGCUGAUCUUCAUCCUGGUAAUAUUUUAGUUCGUCUAGAAGAUGAAAAAGUACCACUGAAUUCUACUCUUCCUCCAUCGAGAAAGGAACCGGUUAUUAUUUUGUUAGAUGUUGGUCUAAUAUCAUCGUUAAAACGUAAGGAUAAAAAAAAUUUUUAUGAUUUAUUUCGUUGUAUAGUCAAUUAUGAUGGUGAACAAGCGGCACAAUUAAUGAUGGAACGUGCACCAAAUGCUAGUAUGAUUGAUGAACAAUCUAAAAUUGGUUUUCGUCGUGAUAUGUCAAAAUUAAUUGAACAAGUUUUAAAUACACCGUUAAAACAGUUGGAAGUCGGUAUUAUAUUAAAAACUGUAUUAGAUUUAGGAAAACAAUAUCAAGUUAAAAUGGAUUCAAAUUUUACCACAAUAGCAUUGGGUACAAUUAUUAUUGAAGGCAUGGGCAGACAAUUAGAUCCAGAUUUUGAUUUUGUAGCAGCAGCUAGACCAUAUUUACAAAAAGAUUUUACACUAGUUCAAGCGUACUUAAAUGGCCUAUUUAAGCGAAAUUCUAUGGCUGCUGUUAAUUUAAAAAAGGAUAUUCUAAUCAAAUUAUUGGCUCUUAAUCGUUUUAAUGUAGAUUUUCAAUCUUCAACAGGAAUAUUAACUGGAAUAUCAAAAGUAGCCAAAGUGGGCGUUUUACGUUUAGUAUCAGAUAAAGUUGUUUUUGUUUUAUGUGAUAAAAUGUUUGGUGGUGGUGUUAGUAUGUACACUGAACUUGAACCUAAUCGUUUUUUUGAUAGUUAUACAAUGGAAGGUUUAUCAAUCGAAUCAAAUGAAAUAUACAUGGAAAUUACAUUUGAUGAUAUUGUUCGAGCUUUUAAAACAGCUCAAAAUGCAAAAUCAUUUAAAAUACGUUUGAUGAAAAAAAAUGGUGCACCUUGUUUGACAAUCGAUGCUGAAGUAACAUCAAUUUCUCUUACAUCACGACAAUUGACAUGUGAUAUACCAAUACAUUUAAUUGCACGAAAAAAUUGGAAUGAUUUUCGAGAACCAUCAAUGCCAAAUUAUGAAGUACGUAGAAUUCCUAUUCAUUUAAAAUAUUAUACUUAG